UAAAUUCCGUUGUAGAGCAUAAUAAUUUAUUAAAAUGUUACUAAUUUGAAUCAUAAAUUCAUAUGUAACAGUUAGGUUUUGUCCAUAGUUGGAGAAUGGUACAAAAUUGUAUUGUGAGAGAAUGUGGCUGUUAGUCUGAAAUUUCCUUAAUGGAACCCAAAGGCUUUUCUUACUUGGCGUAAAAUACCAAAGCCUUUAUUUGGCUUAUGAGACACGCACAAAUCACACCAACCUUUUCCCUUGUGAAAGGAGGUUCCUUGGCUUCACUUAUCAUAACUAAUUUCAUCCACUUCCAAAAUAACAGCUCUAUAAAAGAUCCUCUCAUUUGGUGUGACCUUUGGAACAUAAAACACUUGUGUUAGUGUUUAUUUACUCAUCAUAACUAACUCGAUACUACAUUUCCUUUUUUUUUCUUUAGUUACUGUGUUGGAAUUUUCUUUUCCUCUUUCUUUCUUGUGUUGGCCUAGCAGGCACUAUGCUAGAGGGGCAUCAGCUUUUGGGGUUUGGCUUCUUUCUAGUUGGUUUAUGGCACUUCUUCAACCACGUUAAGCUCCAUGCCCUUAGUUCCAAGUCCUACACAUCAACCCUAUGGUUUCCCACCACAAUAUCCAGAUACUUGGAGCUCCACUUCAUCAUGGCAAGCUGCACCAUCUUUAUUGCCAUGGAGCUCUUCAUUGCUCCCAUUCAUCACCAACCAUUUGACCCUGAUGGAACCAUUCCCUCCACCCAUCUCCACAACUUUGAACACUCCUCCAUGGCCAUGGCUUUCUUGGUGUAUGCCAUCUUUGCCAUAGUUCUUGAUAGAAAAUGCAGCAAAGCUCAAAAUGAGCUAACUCAUUUGCUGGGAGCCAUAGCUUUUACACAACAAUUUCUUCUUAUCCACCUUCACUCUAGAGAUCACAUGGGACCAGAAGGCCAAUACCACUUUUUGUUGCAACUUUUGAUUCUUAUUUCUUUGGCUACUACCCUCAUGGGAAUUGGCAGGCCUAAGAGCUUCUUGGUCUGCUUUGUACGUUCUGUGAGCAUUGUCUUCCAAGGUGUGUGGCUUAUGAUCAUGGGGUUCUUGCUUUGGACACCAGGAUUUCAACCCAAAGGUUGUUUCAUGCACCUUGAAGAAUCUGAUGAAUAUGUGGUGAAAUGCAGUGACGAUGAGUCUCUUCAUCGUGCUAUCUCCUUGGUGAACAUUCAAUUCAGCUUCUUGUUGAUUGGAGUCACUGUUUUCGCCAUGUCUUUCUAUUUGAUUAUUGUUAGAAGAUAUGCUGAAAAGGUGGAGUAUGUUUCAUUGAUAAAGGAGGAACAUUACCGUGAAGAAGAUGGAUUUGUGAAACCAAAGGGCGCUAUCGACGACGUUGAAAAUAGCAUGGACGUUGAAUCCCAAUCUCCAAAGAAAAGCAAGCAAGAACAUAUUUAAAUAGAACACUUUGUGAAAUCAAAGGCAUUACUGGUGUAAGUGGUCCGUUUUCAACAUAAUUAUUGUAAAAAUUAAUACUUUUAUUGUUAUGAUUUAUUGGUGUUCAUGGUUUUAGUCAAUUUAAAAGAUAACUGUUUUCGUUGAAAAAUACUAGUAGUCUCUAAAGAUUUGUCAGAUAGGAUAACAAAUUAACUCUAGUGCAAAUAUAUUGCUUAAAUUAAACUCUACUUUGCGAUAAAUUAUUAGCGACAACGCGGUUAUUCCGAGUAUACUAAACGUUAAAUAGAAAAACACUAUUCACAAAACCAUGACUUGCACAGCAUAGCAGCCUGUCAGAACGAAAGAAGACAACAUCUCAACUAUAAGACAAUGAUAACUGAAAGCACACAAGUCUUAGCUCUACCAAACAUAAGAUAACAUGACCCCGGUCUAGUUCUAUGUUCGCAGGAUUUUGUGAAGUUUGUCUAUUGUAUCAUUUGCAAUUACCUGUUUUUUAAAUGACAAAUGUUGAGCGAAGAUUGUUGGUUGCAAGAUGGUGUUUAACUAUGACUUCUGAUGUAUUUCUAUUUUGCAAGUGUUAUUUACUUUUUACACAGAAAAGUAUAUUCUCCAUUUGAAAAUAGUAUUCAAAGG